AGGAACCUCGCACCAGUCCCUUCUCAGGCGGCACUCCGUCAAGGCGUUUCGAUGUUAUGAGCACAGCACUGCCCUCUUCACAAGACUUCCUUCAUAUUUCUCCCUCAGCACCUCGGACUGAAGCAGAAGCAGAGGGCCUCACCACCACCAGUGCGAAUAGCACCGCCAUAGCAGUGAGGGAAGACACACUGAGCGCGGAUGCAGAUCCCACCCUCAUACACCACACGCUCGACGAAACCACGCUCAGCUUAGAUGACAGCCAGACGUUUGCCCAGGAGAGUCUUUUGGGAAAGGGGGAGGAAGGUCUGACUAUGCCGCCUGCACGCGCGAAUCUGGAGCACGAGCUGAGGUUUGCUGGGGAGAGGUCAGAUGACGAGGACGGGCACGAGGAUGUGCUGGGUCUUGGUGGUGGCGAUGGUGGUGAAAACGUGGUGGUGAUGGACUCGCUUGGCUCAGCUGAAGUCCGCGCGCCUGGCGGUCGCAAAAGGUCGGCCAAUGCCAUCAACCUCGACGCGAAGCUGUCGCCACAGCCCUGGGAUCUGGUCGAGCCCCCGGCAGAUAAUUUGAGGACGAAUGACGAGUAUUAUCGCGGCAAAUUCAGCGCGAUGCAGAGUUCCCCGGGACUGAUCCCGCACUCCUCUUACUACUUUGGGCCGCCACCUCCGGACUCUGCGUACGGGACUGCGCCCGUGGGACAGAUUGGCGUGCAUCAUCCACGAGAAAUUCUGCGUGUGGAGCGUGAUUAUACUGGCGGCGAGCUGAUACAAUUUGCGCCUAUCUACCCGCUGGAACUAGAGGGCCGCAUCACGCCGACUCAGUUUCUCGAGAGCAUCAACGCAAUCAACGAGCAGCUCAUUACUGUGCACAGCCUGAGAUGGGCCUUUCUGGACAACGUGCUUGCUGUGAUCUCGCUUCAGCUUUCCCGACUCGUUAUUUCCUCGCAUUAUGAAAGAGAGAUGCGUCGGCUGCAAAGGAUCAUCGGUGAUCUGAACGCUCAUGUGUACAACCCUGCCGGAUUGAAUAUUCUUUGGCCGCGCAAAGUCGCGUUUCUAUUUAUGGAGAUUGAAUACUAUUGAUCGUAAUGGGUAUGUGCUAAUCCCGGUCCGGCCUAUGCAGCGCGAUCGCAAUUCUCUCCGGAAUAUUCCCUGAUCGAUCGGCGAGGCUCUUCUUUCGCGGAACCUCAAGAGUGGAUGCAGUGCCGGCGCCCACCUCUCAGGGCUGUUUAUUUGUCUUUUUUGUCUCAUAGAGUAGCUCAGCCUCCACUGUAUCGAGUCCAUGGGGAUGCGAGGCGAUGGAAUUUAAUGGAUCUUUGGCGCGAA